UGGCAUACUUUCAUGGACCAAUCGGUGUACUACUUGCCGUAAAUAUCAUGUUUUUCAUAGCAACGGCACGAGAACUGACGUGCGGAUUGUGGAAAGGAGAGUUUGUAAAAAGUACCACUGAAAGGGCUGCACUGGGCCGUGUCUGUCUCAAACUCGUAUUCGUGAUGGGCGUGACAUGGAUAGCCGACGUCAUCUCGUGGGCUGUCGGUGGUCCAGAUUACAUGUGGUAUUUCACUGAUCUUAUUAACGCACUCCAAGGGUUGUUUAUCUUUAUUGUCGUUGGAUGGCAGCCACAGGUACGUGCUGGUCUUAGGAGGCUAUUCAAUAGAAAUCCACGUACUAAUGCCGGAAGACAGGGUAACGGACUCAGUACCACUAGUCACGGAAUGCCAAGCAUGGGAGACAGCGUGACGCAAAAUCCAAGUACGAAGACUGCACCGUUGGAGACCAUCUGUUAAUUCCGAAAAAAAACAUUCUUUUUUUUCAACA